UCUUUGCCUGUGUUGAAACGAGCUUUUACACGACAGCAUCCAUGGUUUUGUAAUGUUGUGAUUUUGGGUUCCUGAUUUUCUCCCAGAGGCGUUUCUUUCUCGCCCCUCUGAGCAUCGUUACGUUUGUUUUGAAUCGAGAAACGUCUCGUUCAGCUGGUACAGAGUGGAGCCUCGAUAAAUCUUUGCAAGUGAAAGAGCGUGAAAGCCUUUAACAACCAUGAGUUCUCCCGGUGCUACUCCUGGAGGCCGCGGGAAGUCCAAGGCCUCUAAAUCCAUAUCUCGCUCAGCCAAGGCUGGUCUCCAGUUCCCUGUUGGAAGGAUUGCUCGUUUCUUGAAAGCUGGCAAGUAUGCUGAACGUGUGGGAGCGGGUGCACCCGUCUACUUGGCCGCAGUGCUUGAAUACCUAGCUGCCGAGGUCCUUGAGUUGGCAGGAAAUGCCGCCAGAGAUAACAAAAAGAAUCGCAUAGUACCCCGCCAUAUUCAGCUGGCAGUACGAAACGACGAGGAGUUGAGCAAACUUUUGGGCACCGUCACAAUUGCUGCCGGUGGUGUGCUUCCCAAUAUUCACACCAUACUUCUGCCGAAGAAGACGGGCAAGGGCGGCAAGGACAUCGGAGGGAGUAUCUCGCAGGAGUUUUAGGUUUCAACGGUGGAUGAGUUUUGUAUAUAACUCCAUUGGAUAUUCUCUUCGAAAUUUGAGAAUGCACUGAACGAUUCUGAGAACUUUGACAUAUUCAUUGUGUGUAGGCACAUCUACUUCUGAAGGCACACCUUAUUCAACCUUGCUGUCAGAUCAUUCUGAGUCUCGUCUUUCUUUCUUUUAUUUCCCUUUUUUUUUUUUUUUUUUUUUUUUUUUUUUUUUUUGCAACUUUAGGAACGUCUUUCUGAAGUCUCAAUGUCAUGCUACUUCUGCAUGAACCGCUGAUGACCCUGCCUGAAUGUUGGCAACGUUUUUGGGUUGAAACGGUCUAUCAUAGCGCUGUGUGGGAAGCUGACACUCGUGCUGCUGAUAAAUGGCAUCAAUUUUGUAAUUCGACGCGGUUCUCAACUUCCAGAUAACUAAGGUGUAUCUGACUAGCUGAAGGUUUCCAUUUUUUCUUCCCCAUGGGUUUCUGCGGUUUGUGGGUUGAAAUCGCAAAAACGGAUAGUUACCAAUCGACAAA